AGAACGCCCGUGGGUUGCGGGUCAGGGUCGCCUCGCCCGCGCCCCUCCGUCCCGCGUAGCACUCAGAAUGAGCGACGAGAGAAACCUGAUCCCCCCACUGCCGCGCGCCCCUUCCCGGGCUUCAUGGGCCUGGCCUGGCCUGACCUAUUAGCGGGAUUGGACACCUUGACUAAUCUCUCGAAACAGUUUCCUCACUUGACUUCACAGCUCUCCUACCUCUUUAGCCAGUCCGUCUGGAGCUGCUGUAACGUCCCUCCUGGCUUCCCCAGCCUCUACAAUGUUGGAGCGUCCAGGACUCUGCCCUGGGACCUCUGGUCUAGCUGCACUCACCUCCUGGGUGACAGUUUGUCAUCCAGUCUCACGGCUUUUAAAUGCUGUAUCCUGAGCACUAACAAAUUUAUAUCCCCCAACCCAGACCUCUCCCCCGGGCUCUAGACACAUCCUGAUGCCUUCUUGCAACUUUUGAAUGUCUCUGAAGGCAAAACCUAAGCUUUAUCUCCCAACACAAGUCUUCCCAUUGCAGCAAAUAACUCCUCUUUGUAAUCAGCCAGUCUUGACUCCCUUCCCGAACCAACAUGCCCUGGUUUUGCAAUAUACCCGUCCUCUAGCCGCCUCUCACCACAGCUAUCUAAGGCCGGGUCCCAGCCACCAGUCUUUCUCCCAGGUUAUUGCCAGCAGCUCCCAUGCAUUUCCGCAGGCCAUUCUCAGUCCAGCAGCCAAAGUGAGGCUGUUGCUGAUUCUGGAUAAUUCUCGAGUACGCCUCAAACCCAAGCCCAAACUGACACCAAGAAUACAGAAACUUCUUAAUCGAGAAGCAAGAAAUUGUACACUCAGUUUUAAAGAAGCAAAAAUUGUGAAAAAGUACAAAGACUCCAAAAGUGUACUGUUGAUUACUUGUAAAACAUGCAACAAAACAGUGAAACAUCAUGGAAAGAGCAGAAGCUUUCUGUCAGCACUGAGGAGCAAUCCUGCCACUCCUGCGAGGAAACUCGGCCUGAAGACCCCAGAGAGAAAGUCUCUGGGUUCUGCAAACCUAAAUCACAGGGUGUCUGGUUCCAAAGGCAAGAGCCCAGCGUUGACUUUCAGAACACCUACAUCUGGACACUCAACACCCACUUGCUCCUCAAAAAAUGUGAACAAAACAAAGAAACACUUCUCUCAACUAAAAAUGUUACUUAGCCAGAGUGAAUCCAAAAAGAAUUCAAAGGUGGACUUCAGAAAUUUCUUAUCUUCUUUGUAAAGGAUGGACUUAUGGAAAUAAGAAAUGUUUAAUGUAAUUUCUGAAACUAAAGUUACCAGAAAAACAGCUUUUUAAAAACUAGGGUCUAAAAGCAAACUUUUCUUGGCAGUAUUCUGUAUUUAUGGAGAAAAUACCUCAUUAGAAUGAAUAACUAAAACCUGCCUAUCUCUCAGGGUGAUUCUGAGAAUCAAAAACAUAUGAAAAGUCCUUGUAGGUAAUUUUAAAAAUAUAUAUGUUUAUUGAUUUUAGAGAGGAAGGGAGAGGGAGAGAAACAUCGAUCAGUUGCCUCCCAUAAGCAUCUCAACCUGGGUAUAUGC